CUCAUAUGGGAAGGGCCUUCUUAUGAGGUGUGGAUCUUUUUUUUUUUUGUUCCACCCCUUGAUUUAUAGACACCCCCCACAGCAUAAACCACACUGAGAAGAUCUGUCAUUAUUCACACAGCAGCUUACAAGAUAUAAAACAUGUCACGGUAUGUGGAACGAAAGAAGUCCUGGUGGCAACGAUGCUGUUCUUGUUGCUCCAGAGGGGAAGAUGUUGAGGAUUAUGGGAGAGGACCUGGAGGACCAGGCGGCAGACCCUCUGACAGAAAUACAAAUGGAGACUACCAUGAAGAAGGCGACAGAAUUCCAGAUAGAAACACUGAACCAGGACGCAACAAUGAUGAUCUGCCAAUGCCCACAGGCACAUUACAAAUUCAAAGUGUUGACUUACUUAAUUCUCGGAACUCGGAAAAUCGCAAGUCCCAUCACACUGAUGAGUUUGAAUGUGAUGAACUAAUUGUAAGGAGAGGACAACCCUUCCAGAUCUGUGUCACCACCCAACGUCCUUUUAAUCCUAAGAGUGACCAAUUCUGCAUCAUUAUGCAUUUAGCAAAUUCCCAACCGAUCACUGUACCAUUUGUCAAAGAAUUUGAUGAGGGUGGCUGGGGAUGUCAAGUGUCUGAAGAUAGCGGACAAAAAGUUUUACUAUGGGUGAACACCUCUGCACAGGCUGCUGUGGGAAAAUAUCAGCUCAGUGUUAGAAGUGGCGCAGGAACUUACAAUGACUCUAAACUGAAUGUCUACAUCCUGUUCAACCCUUGGUGUCGCAUGGAUGCUGUAUUUAUGGACAAUGAAGCAUGGAAGCAAGAAUAUGUUCUCAAUGAAAUUGGAAGAAUUUACUAUGGCACAGAACAUCAAAUUGGAGAACGUUCCUGGAAUUAUGGACAGUUUGAUAAGGGGGUUCUGCAAGCUGUACUGUACAUACUGGAUCGUGGAGGUAUCUCACCUGCAUCAAGAUGCGAUCCCAUAACUGUUACCCGAGUUAUAUCUGCUAUGGUGAAUUCCAUGGAUGAUAAUGGUGUUGUUGCUGGAAGCUGGUCUGGUGAAUAUGCUGAUGGUGUAAAUCCUGUUGCUUGGGUAGGCAGUGUGGAUAUUCUGCUCCGAUAUCACCAGACUGGAACCCCUGUAAAAUACGGCCAGUGCUGGGUAUUCGCUGCUGUUACAACAACAGUGCUCCGUUGUCUUGGAAUCCCAGGACGUACUAUUACCAAUUUUGCCUCAGCUCAUGACACUGAUAGAAAUCUAACAUUUGAUGUCUACUUUGAUGAAAACAUGAAGCCAUUGGAGGAUAAAAACAGUGAUUCUGUCUGGAAUUAUCACUGUUGGAAUGACUGCUGGAUGACCCGCCCUGACCUGCCAUCAGGAUACAGUGGAUGGCAAGCCAUUGAUGCCACGCCUCAAGAGACCAGCAAUGGUAUAUACUGCUGUGGUCCUUCUCCUGUCCUUGCCAUCAAGAAUGGUUUAGUCAAUAUCAAAUACGACACUCCUUUCAUUUUUGCAGAGGUGAACAGUGAUAAGGUCUUUUACCAAAGAACGGAAAAUGGGAAAUUUAAGCAGGUCCAUGUGGAGGAACGCGCAGUUGGACAUUGUAUCAGCACCAAAGCAGUGGGAUCCAAUGCAAGAGAGGACAUCACUUAUCUGUACAAACAUCCAGAAGGAUCUGCAGAGGAGCGUAAGGCAGUGCACACAGCUGCACAGUAUGGUAAUAAAACACUGGCAGAUGUGGAGGCAGCAGAUAUAGGAGAUGUCUCUCUUAGAGUUGAGUCACAAGAUGGUGUAUCCAUGGGCAGUGACAUUCAAGUUCGUAUCUUAUUGAAGAAUGGUAGCGGAAGCCGUCGCACUGUGUCUUUAUCCAUGGCCAUUGCUGUUAUGUAUUACAACGGAGUCUGCAAAGAGUCAUUCAAGAAAGAAGAUUGUAAUGUAUUGCUGAACCCAGGAGAAGCCAAGACAGUGGGAAUGACAGUGGCUUACAGUGAAUAUUGUACACAACUUGUGGAUCAGUCAGCCAUGAUGUUAACCGUUUCUGGAAUUGUCAAAGAAUCUAGCCAGAAAUUAGCCACCCAGCACACAUUCAGGAUAAAGACCCCAGAUCUCAUGAUCAAGGUCCGUGGUGAAGCAACUGUUGGUCAACAAAUUGAGGCAGAAAUCAUAUUCCAGAACCCUCUCCAAACGACUUUGCACAAUGGCCGCUUCCACGUGGAAGGGCCUGGACUGCAAAGGCCAAAGGUUGUACAAGUUGGAGAUAUUGGGGCACUGAAGACUAUUUCCAUCACAGAACGAUUUACACCUCGACGUACUGGCAAGCGUCAGCUAAUAGCAAGCUUUGAGAGUGAUGAGAUGAGUCAAGUACAUGGAGUCACUGAAAUAAUGGUACAGUGAAGACCUCAUUUUGAGCCAAAUCCAGUUUUAUUCGGAGCCAACCCGAAUUAAUUUGGCAGUAUUAAUUAAUACCAUGGGAACUCUAUAUCAUCCUCGGACUGAAAAAAACUACUGAAUAUUUCUGUUUUCGUUAAUCAAUCUUUCUAGUAUAUCGAGAUAUCCAAAAGGACUAAUGUGACGUGUGGUAUUACAUUUGUGACAGUGGACGCCUACCAGAAUCCUAGCAGAAAACGCUGUAAGCGAUCUCUGUAAUCUGAAUUAGGAACCCAACCAAUAAGAUGUCUUACAUAUAGCUCACUAAAAAGAAAUCUAGUCACUCACAAUAGUAUUU